CUGAGAGUACAGUAAGAGGAGGCGGCAAGGAUCCAAGCACCGCUGGCGACGACCUCGUCUUGACGCCGUGGCUGCGGCGCCAGAUAAUAUCGAACCCGGUCAGAGGCCGUCGGCGCUUCUAUCUUUUGGUACAAACUCCAAGUACACCGGAUCCAGCCUCUCAGAACGCAUCCAAUGGUCCGUUUCGCCGCUUCUUUCCCCUGUGGAACCGGAUACCCCGACGCUCUCGUGUAUCUUGAAGAGGUGUAUCUUGUUGAAGGGUCACGUGCCAAGCUUUCCAAAGAUCGGACCUGUGUCAUUCCAAGAUCUUCCGCCAUGAUCGGAGCCGUCGCACCAGGCGCCGCCUGCUGUCGAUGCCCCAGCGGCGCCGCUGUCGCCUGUGCGGACUGCGACCUCGUCUACUGCGCCGACUGCGCCGAGGCGCGCCACCGCAAGGGCUCGUUCCAGCGCCAUAACGUCACGAGCCUCAUCAAUGCCACAACUUGCGAUGAGUGCUCUGCCGCACCCGCGACGACGGCCUGCCCUGCGUGCGAGCUCCGGUAUUGCGACCCAUGUGCCAAGGAUGUCCACCGGAACGGAAAGCUCCAGGCCCACCUCGACCUGCUCACGCCUUGCAGCAAGGAAGCGGGAAACCAAUCGUCCGUGUUGCUGUCGCCGCCACCGCCACCGUUUCUGAGCCCCUUCUCCGCGGCGUCGUCGUCCACCGACUCGCCUUUCAUGCAGCAGCGGAAGCGCUGGUCCAUGUCAUCCGACUCGAUGACCGGCGACGACACGGACACGGACGUCGACUUGUGGACCAACUGGCGCGUGUUUGGCAACAACGACCAGCGCCUCUCGGACACGACGCCACUUCCCGCCGCGACCUGGAUGAACCCGGCGUCGGACGCCAUGUCAACGUCCAGCGACGAAGACACCAAGCCGAGUUCGAUUUCCGAUGCGUUCAAGACGCUGGCGCUCACGCACUCGUCGUCGUCGCUCUCGUCGGUCUCGGACGAGCCUGAAAAGCCAAUUCGGUCCCGCCUCGUGUCGUGGGAGACGGCCAAUGGCACGUACUCGCAGAACGAGCUCGAAGACCUCGUCUCCGCGUUGACGAGCCGAUCGCCGACACGCCAUGUCAGCGUGCGCAGUAGCGGGCCCUUCUCCACCGCGCAGUGCGCCAGCAUCUACCAGACGAUGCAGAGUCAUGGGGACGUUGCUCACUGCAAUGCGGCCAUGGCGACGCACGGCGUGCUUCUCUACACGUUCUACGAACUCAAGUCGGCGACGCAAGCCGUGAACGAAGCGACGCCGAUGUACGUCGUCGACUACUGCGUGCUGUACGACCAUCCAUCGCCCAAGUCGCACGCAUCUGUCGAGAUUGCGUUUGCCCCGGGGUACGACCGCGGCGUCGUCUCGUCCGACGAGCUGCACUUGAUCUGCAGCACACUCGGCGACGUCGUGACCGUGACCGAGCCGUCGCGCGGCCAAUUCCUCGUCGAGUUCAAUGAUGCACGCGUCGUCGCCCGGGCCAUCGGUCUCCUCAGCGAAAAAGGCAACCUCGGUGGCUACGUGUUUACGGCCAUGCGCGCACCGGCGUCGCCAACCGAGCUCAAAGCGAUCGGCCAGUGCCAACUUGCGUCGCAGCGCCAUGCGCCGGCGGUCGCCAACCCGGCGCACAGCCCCGAAAAGGUGUUUGCGUCCGGGAGCAUGCCCAUUCCGAACAACACCAACCACCAGACGCAGCAAGUGGGCAUUUGGGCCGACCCGCCCAUGCCGCCGCCGUCGCCGCCGAUGGACGAGUUCAGCCUCGGCAUCGACCGCGUGUACGCAGGCACGGACAAGCGCACGACGCUCAUGAUCCGCAACAUCCCCAACAAGUACACGCAAGCGAUGCUGCUCGCAGAACUCAACGCGCGCCACGCGGGCAGCUACGAUUUCUUUUACCUCCCGAUCGACUUCAAAAACAAGUGCAACAUGGGCUACGCGUUCAUCAACUUUAUGGAAACCGCCACGAUCGGGCCUUUCUACGAGGCGUUCAACGGCCAGCGCUGGCCCAACUUCAACAGCGACAAGGUCUGCGCCAUCUCGUAUGCGCGGCUCCAGGGCAAGGCCGCGAUGAUUGCGCGCUUCCAGAACUCGAGCCUCCUCGAGAAGCACGAGUCGUACCGGCCGCUCGUCUUCAAGAGCAAUGGGCCCAACAAGGGCGCGCUCGAGCCCUUCCCAAGCAGUGGAAAGGCCAAGGUCUUCAAGCCACCGUACCCGCCGCUGCAGAUGCACCACCCGCAAGGCGACGCGACCGUCUACUACCACCAGAGCGGGUACCACCCCCAGAGCGGAUACCACCCGUACCCGAUCAUGUACCACCGCGCGCACGAGUACACCAAGCCGCCCGAGUACUCGUAAAGCGCUCGUGGGUUGUGAUGCGGUCGAAGCGUCGCUUGGUAGUUUUGUAUUCUAGCCUUUUAUACCAACUUGUGCAGUUUUGCCACACCC